AUGGUGAGCUCGUAAAAUAUUUUCAGAAUUUUAAAAUUUUGAUUGUGUAAAUUUAUAGGUGGAUGUCAAUUUUUCCGUCAAGGACCAUCAUCAACCCGUGAUAAUCUCCAUCGUCAGCAUUAACAUGGAAGAGUUGGAAUGGUGUUUUCGGUAAGACGGCCUGCGGUUGAUGACGGUAAAAUUAACAUCGUGUAUUUGCAGGCCUGUGCCGUCCAGAAGCUUGAUGAUCAAUGGAAAACAGUAUACUUUCGAUAUUUCAGAAGUCGGGAUUCAUCAAACAUGUGAGUUAUUUAUAUUGUAGUAGUUUGAUCUUUAGGCCAUGCGAUGCGGGCACCCGGUGGUAAUGGCGUGGUGAAUGACAUGUUCCACGACGCAACGACCCUGUCUUCCGAUCGUUGUCUGGGAUCAGAGCCAGAAACACCCGUUUCAUUGAGUUUGCAUAAAGGCGACAUGGUCAACUUCUUUGAAUAUUACAGCCAUUUGGCUGAAAUUAUGUUGUGGCUAACGGUUUAUUUGAAUAAAUCGUUUAACUAA